AGGAGGAGGAGGAAGGAGAAGUGAAGGGGAGGAGGGAGGAGGAGGAGGAAGGAGAAGGAGGAGGAGGAAGAAGAGAAGGAGGAGCAAGAGGAGGGCCCGCGGCGACUCACCUGAGCCGUGACUCACCUGUCCGCUUGGCCGCCCGCCAACGCCACGCCAGUCCGCCCCGACUCGGCGAGAGAGCGCAGGAGGCGCCCAGACGUGCGUCCAGACACGCAUCCCGGGCCGUCUGGCUCUCCCAGCCCGCCUGCCCCCUCCUCUUCCUCCUCCUCCUCCUCCUCCUCGGCUUCCCCAGCCCGGGGGUCUCCGGCGGGGGACUCCGGCGGGCGGAGGGAGCGCCAUGUCCAGCCGGGACAGCGUGCAGAUCCCGGACGACCGCGACUUCGACCAAUUCCGCACGGAAUGCAACUCGGAAGCCGGCUGGCACCUCACCUACCACCGCUCCGGGAUCGCCGUCUGGAUUCAGAUGCUGGAGGCGGAGAAGUCGCUGCACAAGAUCAAGUGCAGGAUGGAUUGCAAAGAUAUCUCUGCGGAAAUUCUGUACGACGUGCUGCAUGACAUCGAGUACCGGAAAAAGUGGGACACGAACGUCAUCGAGACCUUUGACAUCGGCAAGCUGACCGUCAACGCAGACGUGGGAUACUACGCCUGGAAGUGCCCGAAACCCCUCAAGAACCGGGACGUCAUCACGCUGCGUUCCUGGCUGCCAAUGGACAGUGACUACAUCAUCAUGAACUACUCGGUCAAACACCCUAAAUACCCCCCGCGGAAGGACAUGGUCAGGGCUGUCUCUAUCCAAACGGGCUACCUGAUCCAGGGGAAAGGAGCCAAGAACUGCAGCCUCACCUACCUAGCCCAGGUAGACCCCAAAGGCUCGUUGCCCAAGUGGGUGGUGAAUAAGUCCUCUCAGUUUCUGGCGCCCAAGGCCAUGAAGAAGAUGUACAAGGCCUGCCUCAAGUACCCCGACUGGAAGCAGAAGCACGGCCCCCACUUCAAGCCCUGGCUCUACCCGGAGCAGAACCCCCUGGCCAGCCUGGCCCUCUCCGACCUCUCCAUCCAGCACGCCGACUCCCUGGAAAACAUUGACGAGAGCAGCCUGGCCGAGGGCAAGGAGGAGCCCCGGGCCGAAGGCAGCGACGAGGACAGCGUCAACUGAGGGCCCGCCGGCCGGAGGGGCAGGAGGGGGGGGAACCGUGCCCCCCACCCUCUCACCCAGCACCCCCCCACCUGGGCUUCUUCUGGUCAGUGUAACUAACGAGGAAGGGCGGGUGGCCCUCGUUUACGACCAGUCUCUGGAGGUCAGCUCGUGGUGGGGGGGGGGGCGCAGCGAGCAAAGGCACCCCGUCAUGUUGGUAGCCCCCCCCCUUUGCUACCCCCCCAGGCCAGGCCUCCCCUCGCCCUGCGGCAUUUUUUUUUUCUUUCCUGGUGGGGGCUUUUGCUGCAACUGCCCCGUUCCUUUAACUUGCACUGAUGGAAAACAGAGGCGGGGGUCCUUCUGUGAGACCCCCCCCCUCCCUGAGCUUGGCAGAGCGGCAGAUAAUCCGGAGGAAAAAGGGGGGCUUCUUCCCAUGAAGGGGUCUGCUGCUGCUUGGAGGGGUUGGGGGGGGCUCCCUUGCAAAGCCUUCACCAAGGGGGGCACGGCUGGCAUGACCAGGCAGAGCCCCCCUCCCCCAGCAAGGUGGGGGUACCCACAAGGGGAUUCCCCCCCUGGGAUGAUCUGCCUGCCUUUUGUGCACAUCCCCCCCCUGCAAGACCACCACCCCUAACCGCCAUUUCUGGACACACACACACCCCAGUCUCGUGGAAACAGUACUGGGUGCUGGGCAGGGUCAUUGCAGACUGUGGCCAUGUCUUCCACCCCAGCGUGGUCCACUUGCUUUGUCACUUUACAGGUAGUCCCCAACUUACAGCGGUUCGCUCAGUGACGGUUCACAGUUACAACGGCACUGGGAAGAAAGUGAAUUAGGACCGUUUUUCAUACUUAUGACCGUUAGAGCAUCCCCAUAGGUCAUGUGUUUAUGUAUCGACCCGGGGUGUCCAACUUGGGUGACUUUUAAGACUUGUGGACUUCAACUCCCAGAAUGGGGAAUUCUGGGAGU